AUGGAUAAUUUUAUUAAAGAAGGACUUGUCAAUGAUAGUGGAAUUUACGAAGAAAAGUCAAAUGAUAAUGAAAGGGAUGAUAACAUUGCAAAAUUAAAAAGUAGCAAUGUUUCUGAAGAUUUUAAUAAUGUAUUUAAUUUCGAUAAUGAUCUCGUAAAAAACUUUAAUUUCUCUUUUUCGAAUAAUUUUGAACAUGAUGAAGUUUUUAUUAAUCCGAAAGAUAUUUUUGCUAAUAGUAAUACAACACAUGCUACUGAUUUGAAAGUUAAAAAGAAUAUUUCUGAAUCCUACCUAUUUAAUCAUAGUCACCCCAUGAUGAGUCAAAGUAAUUUAGAUAAUUUGCCUAAAAAUUUUUUUCCUUGUAAAUCUAAUGAGAAUAAAUUUAAUAACAACAUGUGUAGCAGACCAAUUGAUGCUAAAGUUAAAAUCAAUUAUAAUGAGAAUUAUAAGAUUAGACAUUCUAAAGAAAAUAUACAUCAUAACGAAAAUAUUAAAGCAACCCAUAUGAAAAGUAGAAUUACGAAUUUAAAGGCCCCAUUGGCUGUACAACCAUAUCAACAGGCGUAUUAUCAGAAAAAAAUUAUUGAUCAGAAAAUACCAUCAUUUCUUAUGCAUAAGAAUUCGCUGCCGCCUGUUUUACAUUCAUUUAAUGAAAAUUCGGUGGCUUACAGCAAUACUUUUCGGCUUUCUCAUUGCCCUCCUACCAAAUAUUAUCAACAAUAUCCCAUAAGUAAAGCUUUUACUUCUUUUAGUAGAAUUAAUCCUACUAAUAAUUCUCUAUUUAAUUGUAAUCAAAGAUUUAAAUCUCCACAAGGAUACAAGAUAUUGAAAAGACCGUUGAAGAAAAUAAUUAGAUUGGCAGUAGAUGGCAAAGCGUUAUAUAAGUUUAAGAUUAUAAAUAUUAAUUCCAACUUUCCUUACAAGCAUACAGGAUAUUGCGAACAGACUUUUUUAUCUAGUGUUAAUGUUUUUAAUGAGUCUUUGGGAAUUAUGAAAGUUCCCUUUAAGUAUGGCACUGUAUUAAGUUUUAUUUUUUUUGAACUUAAAAAAUUCAAUGGGUAUUUUAAUACUCAUGUAUCUGUAUGGAAUCAAUUAUCUCAGGUUAUCAAACAUUUUAGUUGGAUUAAUCAAAUUUAUCUAUUUCUUGUUUAUCCUUUUGAACAAUUUACCGCUGGUUGCAAAAAGAUUCGUGUUUUUGAAGAUGAAAAAGUUUUUAAAAUUUUUAAAGCUGAUUUUUCUAAAGUCAAUACAACCGAUAUUGAUAUUUGUCUUAGUAAAGGUAAACUUUCUGAUAUUGAAUUUAUGAUUAAUAAUAUUGAUCCGGGUGUUAUAAAAAUUGAAGGUGUUAUAAUUUUACUAAAUUUUUUUGUCGACAUUUUUCAGGUUAAGUUUGAGAAUUUUGUUAAAGAUAAAUUACCAUUUAUUAAGCAAAUGGAAACAACUCAUGAUCGAUAUAAUUUUGAAGAACGAUCAUUAUUUGAAAAAUUACGUAAAACUUUUUUAUCUAAAUUAGGGGAAUUAGAUGUUGAAAAAAGUAUUAUUUUGGUUAAAAGGUGUAUUGAGAUUAGUAUUGAACAUGGUAAGAUUUGUAAAAAGAAAUAUCUUGGAUUUAACAUUGAUCAAGUUUUUUUAAAUAAGAUUUUUAAUUUACUAGUUAUAUUGAAAGAAAAUAAUUACUUAAAUAUUGAGCUUAUUUUAGAUUUUAUAAAUGUGUGUGGUAAGUCGUAUUUUUUUGAGAAUUUAUUUAUUUUUAAGUAUUGUUGUAAGCUUUGCAAGACUGAUCCUGUUUUUACUCUAGAAAUUUUAUCUAAUGUGAAGUUUAGUAGGGUACAUAACAAGAAGUUACUAAAAGAGUUGCGUAAAUUUAUUAUUCCUAAAAUUGAUGAUUUUAAUAAAUUAUUUCUCGAACAUGGAAUGUUAGAUGAUAAUAAGCUAUUAGAAAAUAUAAUUAGAUCAUUUGUAUGUGUUAAAAGCAUGAAAAAUAGGUUUAAGACUAUUUUUAAGAGUAUAUUGUUACAUUGUGAUUAUAUUUACAAACAUAAGCUUUUUACAAAGAAAAGAAAUUCUUCAGAUUUGUUUAAAAUUAUUCUUGUGAUGAUUGCGCAUGAAGAUGUUAAAGCCAUUCUUUAUUCUGAUUUAAGUUUGUUAAGACGUUUAAAGAAUAUUCCCGGUAUUAGGGAUAUUAUAUAG